CAAUAGAAAUUGGCGUCGGUAACUAGUUUCAAACAUGUUUUAGGAGUGACGAUGUCUUUGCUCUUUGGUUUAGUCCUUUACCGGAAGAGUCAGUAUCUGACUGUUUACAGCAGCUUCGCUUACGUAGAGAUUUAGCAUUGUAGGUUUACAAACAGCUAGCUUGAAUUUACUUGUGAUUUUGUAACAGCUUGAUAUUUUGUUAAAUAGUUUUGUUAGAUUGGUGGUACAGUGCAGUUAACAUGACAAUUUGGAGGCGAAAGAGCUAUCGACAAGCUGGCUAAUGUAGCUACGCGGAUAGCCAGCAAGGCAACUCAACUCAUACCAGCUAACCACAUAUAGCGGUUGUUACAGUGCAGUGACCUGGGAGAAGCGCGGUCAUGGGUGCGGAGAGCAGCGCGAUGCGUGGCUGUUAUGUGUUGAAGGAGCCGCUCCUGACCCUGCCCUCCGGACUCACCAUGUACUCUGCGGUUCUCCAAGAUGGGAAACCUGCCUCUGUGUUUGUUCACAAGCGGGACAAUGAAGACAAAGUCAACAAAGCGGCUAAGCAUCUAAAGACACUAAGGCACCCGUGUCUACUGCGCUUCCUGUCCUGCUCAGUGCAAGAUGGAGGUAUUCAUCUGGUGACAGAACAUGUGCAACCUUUGGAGCUGUUGCUAAACAGUCUCUCCCCACAAGAAAUCUGUGCUGGCAUCUAUGACCUCCUGCAAGCACUUGUCUUUCUGCAUGAUAGGGGCAAAUCGAGCCAUAACAACGUGUGUAUUUCGUCUGUGUUUGUCAGUGAAGAUGGCCAUUGGAAACUGGGAGGCAUGGAGACUGUCUGCAAGUUCUCUGAAGCAACUCCUGAGUUUCUCAAAAGCAUCCACAAUGCUCAAGAGGCCAGCUGUAUUCCUCCAGAAGAGGAGGUUGAAGGCUUUAAAAUCCUUCCGGACAAAAAUGCUCAUGCUCGGGACUGUUACUCUUUUGGAUUGAUGGUGAAGGCCCUUAUUCCUUUCCUGAAUGGUUAUGUGUCGCAGGACUUGUUUGACAGCUUGACGAAAACCUUGCAGACAGACCUGCUAAAUUCGGAUCCCUUGGCUCGGCCUCCUCUUAGCUCCUUGCUGACUAAUGACUUUUUCAGGAAUGACUUUCUGGAGGUGAUGAAUUUUCUGAAGACCCUCACGCUGAAGACAGAGGAGGAAAAAAAUGAAUUCUUUAAGUUCCUUUUAGACCGGGUCCAGAGCCUUCCUGAAGAGCUGGUAGCGGCACGACUUGUCCCCAAACUCCUCAACUCUCUUGUUUUUGCAGAACCCAUGGCUGUUAAGAGCUUCCUGCCUCAUCUUCUAAGACCAAAGAAGGAUCCCAGGAGUGAUGGUAGCAGUGAAGAUUGCCUUCUGUCUGUGUCCCUUUACCGUAAACAUGUGAUUCCUCAGCUGCUUGAACUCUACAAAGUCAACGAGGAGCAUGUCCGUAUUGUGCUGCUGGCUCACAUCCACAUCUAUGCUGAAUUCUUCUCCCAUGAUGAACUUAAAAACCAGAUCCUACCUCAGCUUUUGUUAGGGAUGCGAGACACCAGUGAUUCUUUAGUUGUCAUGACACUGCAGAGUCUGGCAGUGUUGGUGCCUUUGCUGGGGGCUCAAGUAGUUGUUGGUGGAGAGAGAACCAAGGUCUUUAAAUGCACCACACCCAGCUUUACCAAGUCUACAGAGGUCACCCCUGAAACUUCACCUGUUCAUGUGAUUGGAGGCUCCCACCCCCAGAUAGCGCAGCCUUCCAAAGCUGAGCCAUUGAAUUUGUUUCCCAGAUCAUCAGAAACCGAAGGCUUGGUUCUCAGUCACAUGGGUAACUUGGCAGGUACUCAGGAGACACUAAAAGUUGUUACACCAAUAUCAGGUGUCAGUAGACUGAUGUCUCUACCCUUGAAUGGGUUUCAUCAGAACAGUAAGAUGGAGCAACUAUCAUACAGCUCCAAACAGUCUGACAGACUCGAAGGUGCUGUGGAAGACUGGCCUGACUGGAGUGACCAAGAGGAGAGUGGAAGUCGAGACGGGCAGUCUGUCCAGAUUCACAUUCAGGCCACAAAGAGAGUCAGUCCACUUAGCAGCACACUCAAACUGGAAAACACAGAAGAUGAGCCGUGGGAUGACUUUGAGGACACUGAACCUACCUCAGAUCUGUCCCCUACAGCUCCCUUUUCAGAAUCAGUUGCUUUUAUGCCACCCAUUAAGAGCAAUACUACUACAACUGCAAAGCGUGCAGCAUUGGGACUGAAUUCCUCUAAACCCCUUAAAUUGACUGCAACACGGUGCCAAUCCACACAGAGCAAGAGCACUUCCUCAUUGGACAGUUCCUGGGUUCAAGAGCAGAUGGACUCUCAGAAAUCACACAGUCCACCAAACCGAGAACCCAAAGCCACAGUGCCACAAAAGACUGAUCCAACAGGAGGUCUGGGGGAGGAGUUCACCAUCAGGGUGAAGAAAAAGGCUGAGCAAGACCCAGAGUUGGAUUUGUUUGCAGACAUGGUUCCGGACAUUAAGCUGUCUUCUCCAGCUCUGCUGCCACUUGAAGAAAAAAGUGUGUUUGACACAAGACCAUCUACUGCCUCUUUAGGAAAUGCUCCAUCUCUGCAUGUCGACUCAUCUAUCGACACUUUGACACUCACUGCCAAGUUUGCAGUAGCCAACCUGUCCGAGACUGAAACAGAUGGCUGGGGAGAUGGAGAUGACCUGAACUGGGAGGACGAGAGUGCCUGGUGAUAAAAACACAAACUCCAUCUGGAGCAAAACAUUUAAACACUGGAGAGCUUAAAUCCAUGCACCACAUCUGGAGCAGUAAACUGGAAGUAGCUUCUCAUUAAACACAACAACAAUUAGGAUAAUUAGAGGUAGAGAAUGAAUCUUGUUCUUCAUUCUGAUAUUUAUCAUCAGUAUGUUUAUUAUGGAAACAUGCUUCGUACAGGAAUGAUUGGUCACCUGUCAGGUGCUGCUAGACAUGGACA